ACUACAGGUGAAGUCGUCCGUGGAAGAGAGUGCAGGAGUCGAGGGAAUAUUUACUCUCAGACCGCACGCCACCCAGACAGGAGCAAAGCAGAAGCUACCAUGACUCACUGAGGUCUAUCCCUUAGGGGUUCAAUAUUUUAGUGUCGUUUUAGUGUAUAGAGAGGUCAGCGUUAUGUUUAUUAGUUGGCUAAUGUUGAUUAGCCGUUAGCUUCACAGCUAGCUCGAGCGACCAGGGUGGACUUCAUCUCCUGGCCUUUUGAUGGAAGGGUGACGGGAAUGAUGCUGACAUUCCUACAUAUCCUCUUAACAGGGCUGUUAGGUGUGCUGCGGGAUCGAGUCUGUGCAUUUGAUGUCAUUAGACUGGUGGAUGGAGACCACAAAUGCUCGGGUCGGGUGGAGGUGCUUCGGCAUAACCAGUGGGGGACAGUUUGCGACCACGGUUGGGACCUCCGGGAGGCUGACGUGGUGUGUCUGGAGCUGGGAUGUGGCCUGGCGGAAUCUGCCCUGCGUGGUGCUGCAUUUGGAGCAGGCAGCGGAGAGAUAUGGCUGCGACACGUCCAGUGCUCAGGACAGGAGUCGAGCUUGGCACGUUGCGCAAUGGUCCUCCACGCUAAUCCCUACUGCACUCAUGAAAAUGAUGCAGGAGUGAAAUGCUCAGGUACUCUUUUGAUGCCCUCCCUGAACCUGCUGUCCCCUCACUCAGUCUUUUGCCCGGGCGAGUCUGUUCGUUUUAACUGCAAUGUUCUGCUGGGUCACCACCUGAGUGACUUCCACCUGUACAAGGAGGGUUCGUCUGCUCCACUGGUGACGCAGAGGGUGGACCAGAGUCAGGCCAGUGUGGAGCUGACUCUGUCCGACAUUGAGACGGUGCACCAGGGCAGCUACAGCUGCCGCUACAGAGUCAAGGGCAGCUCUCCCUCUCAGCUGCUCAGCUCUCCACCGAGCAACUCCAUCAACAUAACUGUGGUUGAGGUGUUGACACCCCAACACUGGUUCAACACCUCUGCAGAGGCCCCGGCUGGUUCCGUUAUUAAGGGCCACAGCUUUAACAUCACGUGCUCCACGCCGAAGCAGUAUCCCGGCGGUUCCUUCCAGUUGCGGCUGAUCAGAUCCAACGGCACCGUGCGACAGUCUCUGCCUGCCCUCACUGCGUCGGUAACGUUCACCUUCACCAACGCCCAGAGCUCCAACGAGGGCUACUACUACUGCCUCUACAGGGUUCAGCUGGGCGGUCGCACCUUCGUCUCCAGGGAGAGCCAGCCACUGCCGAUAGCCAUAAGAGACCCUGAUCCGGUCCUCAGCCCCAUGGUGAUCAGCUGGCUUGUGUCAGGUCUGACGUUUGUUGUGGCUGUCACCAUUAUCAUUGUUGUGGCCAAAGUGUUGUGUAAUAAGGAGAAGAAGCCUUCGGAACUGGAGCGGGAGACUAGAACCUGUGUGGACAACACAUAUGUUGCCUUAACGUUUAAUAAACUCUGAAGGGAGCUGCAGACUCACACAACUGAAGAUUCAUGCGGGCACUUUAAACGAAAGAUGUGUUGAAGGCAGCAACUUUUGGGAGAUGCACGUGAGCUCAAGUCCGAGUCUCACCCGAUGUGAGUUGUGAGUCAAUGACCGCAGGAGUGCAGCCAGGAUGGAGCUAAACUGGGAUGUUGUACCAAACUAACAUUUUAUUUAUUGAUAACAGCAACAAGCUUUACUGUCUUCUUCUUUACUCACCGAUCAAUAGAGGAAUAGAAGGUAUGUAACUCUGACAUUAUGUAAUGACAAUACUACAUAGAAAGCAUUUCUCAUUAUGUAACUAUCCCGCACACUAGCGUUACAUUUCAGCGAAAUUUUUGGAUGUUUAAGGGACGUAGUGGUCCGGCUGACUGGUGCGUCUGCCAUGUCUGCUCAGUUGCCUUCAAUGCUGGUCGGUUGCUGGGACUCCGGAGCUUCUCAGAAGUCUGGGUGUUGCUGUGCGAUGAACUGAUAAUGAUGCUUUUCAAGACUCCCAAAGUGGAGUCCCCACUGUGGCCCAAAAUCCAUACUGCCGUAUAAAUAUAAUAUAAAUAUAUGGCAGUAUAAAUGGAAAACAUUUCACAUUCAAACUGCCAAAAAAAGCGUAGACUGCUGAGAAGCUGCUUGGCCCAUCUCUCCGUCCUCAAUAACACACUACAAAUAAUGACUUAACAAAUAUCCAAAAGCUCCCGGAAGCACUAAAUACACAUGUAUUUUGGGUUGAAGUCUCAAGAACUUUCUGCCACCCUGUCCCCCCAGCCUUCCUCACAGCAGCAGCAGUGAGGAAGGCUGGGGGGUUUAAGCCAGACCGCAGUGGUCUGUCACCUAGAACAAAGACUGCGCUCCUGUCACCUCCUCACGUGAUAACUGAAGCACCUGCUGACCCUGAGGUACGCAGCAUUCCUCAUGUGAAGAUUGUUUGUAAAUUUGAGGCCUUUUUUUAUGACAUACUGUUGCGGGUUUUUUACAUAAUGAAGUGUGAAUGGUUAGACUAAUCCAGUGUGACACUCGCUGUGUGUAAAAAUGUAAAUAUAUGUGAUUCAUUAAAGCGCUCCAGCUUUUAAAAGACUGGAAGAGAUACGAAUGCAUCUCGUGUUCAUUU